AUGCACACAACCAUCCGCCCCCCUCCUACUAUCAUCGCCCUCCUAUCCUCGCCCUCCUAUCCUCGCCCUCCUACCCUCGCCCUUCUACCCUCCUACCCUCGCCCUCUAUCGUUCUAUCCUCGCCCUCCUACCCUCCUAUCCUCGCCCUCCUACCCUCCUAUCCUCGCCCUCCUAUCCUCGCCCUCCUAUCCUCGCCCUCCUAUCCUCACCCUCCUACCCUCCUAUCAUCUCCCUCCUAUCCUCCUAUCCUCGCCCUCCUACCCUCUCCCUCCUAUCCUCGCCCUCCUAUCCUCGCCCUCCUAUCCUCGCCCUCCUAUCCUCGCCCUCCUAUCCUCGCCCUCCUAUCCUCGCCCUCCUAUCCUCGCCCUCCUAUCCUCGCCCUCCUAUCCUCGCCCUCCUAUCCUCGCCCUCCUACCCUCGCCCUCCUACCCUCGCCCUCCUAUCCUCGCCCUCCUAUCCUCGCCCUCCUAUCCUCGCCCUCCUAUCCUCGCCCUCCUAUCCUCGCCCUCCUAUCCUCGCCCUCCUAUCCUCGCCCUCCUAUCCUCGCCCUCCUAUCCUCGCCCUCCCUAUCCUCGCCCUCCUAUCCUCGCCCUCCCUAUCCUCGCCCUCCUAUCCUCGCCCUCCUAUCCUCGCCCUCCCUCAUCCUCACCCUCCUAUCCUCACCCUCCUACCCUCCAAUCCUUUCCCUCCUAUCCUCACCCUCCUGUCCUCGCCCUCCUACCCUCCUAUCGUCUGGCGCCUACCCUCCCAUCCUCCUACCCUCCCAUCCUCCUACCCUCCCAUCAUCCUCACCCUCCUAUCCUCACCGUCCUAUCCUCACCGCCCUAUCCUUACCCUCCUAUCCUCACCUUCCUAUCCUCGCCCUCCUAUCCGUUACUACACU